AUACGCAUAACUGUCUCACAAGCACGAUGGUUCUUUCCCCAUUUUUGAUGAGCACAGCUCUCCUAGCUGCUUCAACACUUGUAUCUGCUCUUCCAGCUCCUAAUGCAUUUGCUGAUGCCUACGGUCAAGCUGUCGCUAUGGCACAUCCAGAUCCAGAAGCAUUUGCGUUGGCCAUCUCAGAUGAAGGCACUUGUGCCACUUCGAUUUGUCGUACCUACUGUAAUUUGAUGAUCAUCGGUGGUACACAAUGUACAUCUAACACAACAAAUCCAUAUGCUGGUCCAUACGACACAGACUGUCUGUGCUCUUCAAACUCCAAUUUGAUGAGAAACUAUGCUAAAUGUCUCGACUGUGGUUGGACUCUAUGGAACAACUACGGACCAUAUGCUUCAUCUGCUUUGGCUGCCUGUGACUUGCCAACCGAACCAACAGGUACGCUUUCAUGUUCGACGGCACCAACGACAACGGUUGAAAACUGUAUAGAUGAGGGAAACUGUCUGGUUACAAACGCCCCACCCGCAUCAACUGUGAAGACAACUGCUGUUGGCAAGCCAGCAUAUACUGUUAGAACUACUGGAAAGACCACCUCACUUGCUGCUGAUUUUACAGUGUCCACGACUUCGUCUAAUAGCUUGACUACUGACUUAGGUAAGCCAGCAUAUGUUGUUAAGACCGCUUCGAAGUCAUCUUCUGGUACCACAACACUAGCUGCUGAUUUUACAGUGUCCACAACUUCUUCUGAAUAUUCAUCAACAUUUACAGUGGAGUCUACUGUGGACUAUGCUUCUGCCUCUUUAACUACUAACUUGGGAGCUCCAGCGUAUGCUGUUAAGACUGUUUCAAAGUCGACAUCUGCUCCUUCAGGAUCCACCACUACGCUUGCAGCAGCUUACACCGUUAAAACCACA